AUGGUGGAUAACACUAGUUUAUUUAGUAUUGGAAGCGGUUCUGUUGCAAAUCCAGACCCUGAAGUUGAAAAUGGACAUAGUGAACAACAGAGAACGCAACUUAGAGUUCACACAAGAGCUAAGCUGAUAAGUGAAGCGAUUGAGAUGUCAAAAACGUCAUCAUAUCGUCGUAACGUAUAUUCGAAGAUUAGUUCAAGCCGUUUGUAUCGUAACGUGGAGAGAGAUGGGAUUCAAGCAGAAGCAAACAGAGCAUUAAUGAGGAAGGAUUGUUUCCAAGCGAAUUAUAACGAUUAUAUUCCUUCUGACUUUGAUAAAGAUGCAAAUGAAAGGGAUAGACUGUUUAAUAUUGCAUUUGACGAUCAUCUUAUCCAUGGAGCUGGACAGGAAAAAACAUUUUCCAUAGGAAAUGUUAGGAUUCCCCUAGACUAUUUAAAUUCGAGUUUGAGCCUAAAUAAUUUUAAUUUAACGAGUAGUUUCGUUAGGUCUAAUAUUACGUUUAAUACAAACCAAUUCAGUAUUAAUACUAGUAAUCAGUCUAUUUCACAAGCUUCAAACUCUAAACUUGAUACAACUAAUAUGAUCGAUCAAUCAAGUAUUGGAAGUAGUAAUAUAGUGGGUCAAUCAAGUAUUGGUAGUAGCAAUAUAAUAGACCAAUCAAGUAUUGGAAGUGGUAAUGUUAUUGAACAGUCUAGUAUUGGAAGUAGUAAUAUGGUAGUUCAACCAAGUAUUGAUUAUGUUGGACCUGAAGAAGGUAGAAUACCCGAAACUCGAGGCAUGGUCAUUAGUAGCAUGGAUUCGUCAAUUCAACAAUCUACAAAAAAUGUGAAGAAUGAAUUGGUGGAACAAACGAGUAUUGGAAGUAGAAGUGAUAAUGUGAUAGUGGAUUUAAUAAGGAAUGGAAUGAGCCCAGGAGAAGUAGCGAAGCUGUCAGAUGUGUUUCAACACCCGAGCUGUUUCAGAAACGUGUCAGGGCUAAUAAUUCCAUGGCUUCAGAAGCAAUUGAAGUCAGGGUACUGGAAUAAUAACUCUUCACUGUUCAUACUUUGCCUGACAAUGGCACUGUCAGUAGGUAGCGUGGAGACGAUAUUUAAGCUAAACUCAACAUGGGGAGGCUUGAUAUUUCUGUUCACAUACUUCAUUGCGUAUCUGUUUAUAGUACAGCCAAUGCUGUGUUUCGAACUUGGAGCAGGCCAGCUGUUUCGAUGUAGCCCAUUUGAGCUUUUCGAUAAGCUAUUUCCAGGAAUGGGAGGAGUAGGAAUUGCAAUGGUAAUUUUAUGCCUAUUAUCAGCAUGCAUAGCGUCAUCACGUACCUCAGCAGAAUACCUGAUCUAUUUCAUUAACGUGUUUAAGAAUAAUAUGAUUUGGGACUUGAGUGUGGGAGAUAUAGAUCAGUGUCUGGCAUUUGGAACAAAUGCACUCCAGUGUAACGCAUUAAAUCCACUGUGUUACAUGGUGGACGGACACUGUAAAGCAAAUAAACUUGGAAAAGCAUAUACAGCAUAUCAAACAUUAUUUGAUAACAUUGAUGUGGAUGUUAAUAAAAUUGAUAUAAGGCUUGUGAUUGGGAUAUCAGUGACCUAUUUGUUCGUGUUCAUGCUACACAUGAUCGGGCUCACAAAUUUUACCUUUUUCGCAUUCAUUCUGGUGCUGGUGAUAUUCUUUCUAUCACACGCGCAGGUGUAUUUUAGCAUGCUAUUGGACGGGUCUACCAGUUUCGUGCUCGACUCAAUUACCAAAAUCGACUACAGCCUGCUGUACAAAAAUUCAAGACUCUGGACACACUCAGUGCGCUGUUGUAUAUACGAAUAUGUAAUCGGGAAUGGAAUUUACUCAACACUAGCAACAAAAUCGAGAAUCGGAUAUGAUUUGUCACUUGAAGCUAUUGGAGUGGGUGGCUUAUCAGGUUAUAUUGCAUCACUGCAGUUUUUCUCAGCGCUAGCAAUUGUAGGGUAUUUCAGUGUAUUCUUAUCCAGAGCACCAACUGACAUCUUGUGGAUGCUGGAACAGGAUACGUCAUUCAUAUUAUUACCGUUGGGGUUUGUUGCAACACAUAAUAUGGAGCGUACACUGCUGGUGUUGCAAUUCUGCUGCUGUUUUAUACUUGUCGCCUUCACCAUAUCGAUCCAAGUCGAGGUGAUUUUAAGCACUCUGACCAGAUUCCUCAAGUGUAAACGUGUUUACAUUAUAGGAACACUGUGCGUAUUAUUAAUAGUGGUUUGUAUCCCAUUGUGCAGUAGGAAUGGCAAGAGAGUGAUUUGGUUUUUGGAAAUUGCAGUUGGAGACCUGGGUCGUGUCUUCAUGGUUUUGAUGACUUGUAUUGUGAUUGGCUGGCUACAUAACCUUAAACACCAAACUGACAAGCUCGGUUCAUUGACAGUUUACAUUUUCAACGUCACAUUUUGGAUUUUUAAUAUCUCAGCCACACUUGGUGAACUACUCGACGAGUCCUUACCACUAUAUUUUUGGUGGAUUGUACGCCUUGUUGGGAUCCUUGUAGCCACUGUUAUGUCACUCAUUUCUUAUUAUUUCGCCGAUAAAUCACGUCGCAACGCAAAAAAUAUUAGUAGUAGUAAUACUAAUACUAAUAUUAGCGGUGUUGGCGUCACGAAGAAUAAAUUAUCGGUACUAACAAUGCUGUACAUAUUGUUUAUUGGGAAUAUCGAAGGGUACAGAUGCGAAAUUAAUCGAAUAAGUCCAAUGCAUAGGACACGUAACAUCUGUUGGUCAGUGGUUUGGUCUGUUUCUAUAAAGUGGAUUUCAUGCUGUUUGCUUUCAAACUCUCUGGCUGACAUCGUUGAGGAAAUCAUCUCGUCUGACCGUGUUCAGCACAACAUUCACACCAUCCCCUACAACUACAAGGUCAUUACCAUUCUUCUCUGGCUCUUUCUGAUACUCAUCAUCGUACUCUAUCCCAUCGUCAAAAAGAAGUUGUUUCGAAGUCAUUUCGUCGCUGGAAUCGACUUGUACGACUUGCCAAGCUAUCCGUCAAACAAAUACCACUACAAAUUCAACCCAAAGAAACUCUUCAAAGAACUAUUCUGA